AUGUUGACAACAUUGCUGCCACUGCUGCCUCUGUUGCUCCUGCCCAGCUGGACCCUUUGUAGCCAGAAAGCCUCAGAUGGGCCGCGGAGCCUCCACAUGCUCCAGUUCGCCUACUUCCGCGACCCCUUUCACGUGUGGUACCGGGGCAACGCGUCGCUGGAUGGGCUCCUGACGCACGAGUUGGAAGGCCCAGGCCACAACGUCACGAUCCUCCAGCUGCAGCCGUUGGAGGAGCCAGAGAGUUGGGCGCACACCAAGCGAGGCCUGCAGCGGUACCUGCAAGAUUUCCAUGGCCUCGUGCAGGUGGUGAAUAAGGAGCGGAGCUUGACCUUUCCUCUGGUAAUUCGCUGCUUCCUGGGCUGUGAAAUGCCUCCUGAGAGCUCCAAAGCCCACAUCUUCUUCGAGGUGACUGUGAACGGAAGCUCCUUUGCCAGUUUUCAGCCAGAGACUGCCUUAUGGGUGUCACAGUCCCAGACACCCUCCAAAGUGGCCAGCUACACCCUGAAGGCGCUCAACACCCACAAUCGUACUCGAUAUGAACUGCAGGAGUUCCUGCAGGACACCUGUGUGCAGUAUGUGCAGGAAAAUACCACGAAGAACUUAAAAGGGAGCCAAACAGGCCGCUCCUACACUUCGCUGGUCCUGGGCGUCUUGGUGGGCAGCUUCAUCAUCAUCGGUGUGGCUGUGGGCAUCUUCCUGUGCACAGGUGGACGGCGGUGUUAA